CUCUCAGCCAAGGCUCCGGCGCAGCUCCAGCCGAAGCCUGGGGGCGGCCUUCAGUUCGCCGUCCUCAACCCCAUGAGUGACAGUAGCCCUGGGAGGGGGAGGGAAUUCCCCCCGUCUGCUUUCUGCGCAACGUUAAGAGCUCCUCCGUGGGGGACGCGUCUCGCAACCGGCGGCGUGCGCCCUCUUCCACAAAGCCCACAGCCUGCAGCCGCAACAGGUCCUAUAGUUUGGGAAGAAGAAGAGACUUAAAAGCCAGAAAAGAUCAAAAAAGCCGAUUCUCCAAAAUGUCAUAUAGACAAGGUUUAGAGAAAUACCGAGAUCUAGAUGAAGAUCAGAUCCUUGGAGCACUGACAGAAGACGAAAUUAAGAUGCUAGAAGAUGAGCUACUGGAACUCGAUCCAGAUAAUGCAAUAUUACCUGCAGGAAUGAGGCAGAAAGAUCAGACCAAGAAAACACCCACGGGACCUUUUAAUAGAGAUGUUCUUCUGGCACAUUUGGAGAAGCAGGCAAAUGACACUAAAGACCGAGACGAUCUGGUUCCCUUCACGGGAGAGAAAAGAGGAAAAAUCUGGGUCCCCAAGCAGAAAGCUAUUGAUCCAGUUUUGGAAAGUGUAACUCUGGAACCAGAACUGGAGGAAGCCCUGGCAAACGCUUCCGAUGCUGAACUCUGCGAUAUUGCUGCUAUUCUUGGCAUGCAUACGUUGAUGAGUAACCAACAAUAUUAUGAAGCACGAGGGACUACAACUAUAGUCAACAAAGAAGGAUUGGACAGUAUAAUUAAGCCCACCCAGUAUAAACCGGUUCCUGAUGAGCCAAAUUCAACCAAUGUAGAAGAAACUUUGGAACGAGUCAAAAACAAUGAUCCAGAACUUCAGGAAAUUAAUCUCAAUAAUAUUAAGGAUAUCCCUGUACCUAUUUUGAAAGCCUAUGCUGAAGCUCUGAAGACUAACACCUAUGUGAAAAAGUUCAGCAUAGUAGGAACAAGAAGUAAUGACCCUGUUGCUUUUGCGUUGGCAGAAAUGAUAAAAGAAAACAGCGUAUUGAAGAGCUUAAAUGUGGAAUCAAAUUUUAUUACUGGAUCUGGAAUCCUGGCCCUGAUAAAAGCACUGCAGAAUAACACAACACUAAUUGAACUCAAAAUUGACAACCAGUGCCAGCUUUUGGGCAACAAGGUAGAAAUGGAGAUCGCCAGUAUGUUAGAAAAAAACACCUCUCUGUUGAAGUUUGGUUAUAACUUCACUCAACAGGGACCCAGACUUCGGGCAUCCAAUGCUAUGAUGAACAACAAUGACCUAGUGAGAAAAAGACGACUUGCAGACCUGACUGGACCCAUCUUCCCCAAGUGUCGAACUGGGGUGUAGUUUUGGUUGUGGAGAUGCGUCCGUAAGCUUGCACUGGUUUAUGAAGGCUUACGGAAGCAAGGCAACGGGGCGAUGAAUUUAUGCAGCUUGUUUUUCGUACGACACCCUUGCACAUGAAAAAAUUAAAUUAAAUAGUUAUUAUAGGCAAAGGUCUUCAUUAUCGAUUUACAGAAUAUAACAUUUUUAUUUUUAAAGAGUAAUCUAAAGUUUUAGCCUGUCAACCAUAAGGUGCAAUUCUGAAUUCUGGUGAAAGAUAUCAUGGCUCAGGAACAGCUUGAAGUUAUAGUUAGAUCCCAGCUUAGUUUUUGUAUGGAUUUGUAUGUGUGUGUGUGUGUGCGUGCUCUGAUAUGCAUGAGUAGUUAGUAACAAUAAAAAUAUGCAAUACUACUCUGUAAAUGUAGCAGAAAUGUUAAAAAAAUACUUUAUUUUCAUUUUGAAAGAAUUAGAAAGAUUCUGCUAAUCCAACAAUAUUUUUAUCAUCCCAAUAUACAUAAUCAUUUUUAAGACUUGAGAAUUGCAAUCAGCUAGCAACAUCCAGAAUCCUAAAUUGCAACUGAGCAUUAGAAUCAUCUAUUAUACUUAAAGCAGCUCACAGCCCUCCAGCACAAAAAUAUGUAAGGCCACUGUUUCCCUAAGACAGGGUUUCUCAACCUUGGCAAUUUUAAGUUGCUGGCUGGGGAAUUCUGGGAGUUGAAGUCCACCAGUCUGAAAGCUGCCAAGGUUGAGAAAUACUGUCCCAAGCAAUAGUCACAAGAAAGGCAGCUGCUGAAUGGGAUG